AUGGCCGCUUUGAAUCGGCGAAAUCCUAAUCUCGACGAUUUUGUCGGAUUAAACUGGAGUUGUUGGGUAGAUAGGGUGAAUAUUUUACCAUCUGACGCUGGGUCUAAUGAAGACAGCAGCAUGUGUGGGGGGAACCGAUGUGAGACCAUGACCCUCAGGAAAGAAGAUAUGCAUAUAUAUGGCCACUGCCCUGCACAUGAUGAGUUUUAUUUGGUGGUGUGCAGCCACUGUGGCCAGGUGGUGAAGCCUGAAGCCUUUGAGAAGCACUGUGUGAGGCGUCACGGUGCGCUCACAAAGAUGUGUGGCCAGUCAUCUACUUUGGCACCACAGCAGCGACCUCGGCCUUGCCGGCCUCUUUCCAAUCUGUCCUCCUCUAGAGAGAGACAGAAAGAUGGCAGACAUCAUGAGGACGCCAACCCACCCUCAGCCGUGUUACCUGCCCACCAGUACAGGCCCAGUAAGGCCCAGAGGGAGGCAGUGAGUUUGCCUUCAGUGGAGAAGUUCCCUCAGGAGAACCCUCCCCACCCCCACCACUCCUCGUCCACACCUCGCCUCAGGGUUCCUCCGCGGCACGCGGGACCCCUGCCCCCUGGCCCCUGUUCCUCUUCCACUCCCCCGUCAGAGAGACCCUCUGUGCAGAAGUCCACAGCUGGACAGUCCAGUGAGUCUCACAGUCCUUCGCGGGGAACGAGAACCUACAGCCGGAUUCAUAAAAACAUAGACAAGAAAGAAUGUGACCUGAACAAACACUGCAGAGUUCUGGAUCCAGAAAGGAAGAAGCUGGGCAGCCAGGAGCUUAUAUGCAAUACUGAUUGCAUCCAGCAGCAGCAGAAAGCACUGGGAAGGGCUAAGAGCUUUGAUCAGCUGGCAGCGGAGCAGAGAGCGGCCUCAGCAGGUCGAGAUAUGGAGCAGCUUCUUGUCAAAUUAAAAGACAAAGAGCAACAUUUGGAAGUUUUCGAAGAGAAAAUAACAACUCAGGGCAACAGAUACAACUUCAACAGCAACUGUCACAUUCUCAGGUCCAGGGAUCCACAAGAAAGCUUUCCAGAAGAGGAAGGUGACAGCACUGUAGAAGUGGAGGUACAGCCUCCCUAUCCCUUCAACCAGAGCCUGCUGUCAAGCGAGGAAAGUGAAGACGAUGAGCAGGAGGAAACUACGGACCUGCCUGCCUCACCGUGGCACCCCAAACCUCUCGGGCUAUGCACUUUUGGAUGCCGCACAUUGGGUUGCAGCAUCUUCACCUUCGACCGUCGUUUGCAUCACCUGCAGUUUGCCCUCAGUGCCAUGUUGGAGCACCAUGUCAGCACACACCUGUGGAAGAAAAUGCCUCAAGUAUCAUCAGGUCUCAGGUCUUGUCAUGUCACACCACCACCAACUGUCAGGACUGCGGCUAGACCCUCCCAGUCCACUGGCUCCCUCAGUCUCGAGUCUACCUCACUGGGACAACUGGAAACCAAAAGCAGUCAGCACAACUCUCAGAGUACCAAACCGCCUUCCUCCACCUCCUCUGCGAGCUUUGGGCCUGGCCGACGGGGCAACGCUGUCGGACGACCAAGCAAGGCUCAGCUGAAGGAGGUGGCCCUUAUGCAAGAUGCAAGUACAGCACAGAAAGCCACCAGGCUGCCACACAGCAGAGAGGAUAAAUCCUCCAGACACAUCAGGGAUCCCCCCCUCCAGGAGAAGGCCCAGCCACACAUCCCCUCCUUUCAAGGACCAGCCACUGUUACCUUCUCGCGUGGAAAGAAGCCAUGUCCUCCUCUGCCACUGCAGCCCUCAGAGAGACACUUGUCAGGUUUGGAGAAGCGUUCCCCUUUACCUGCGACAACCCACUGCUCCCCCCGCAGCAGAGGGAAGCCCCCAGGAAUUCAGCAGAAGGUGGUGGGUUAUGAUCACAAGGGUCGUGGCCAAAAGCGCAAAGGCAGCAGUGAGCAGCCCCCCCUCAGCUCCUCAGUAUCCAGAACCUCCAAGUGUAAGCGCUUGUCCUCUCCUUCCCGCUCCAGCCUCCUCACCUGGAAGGGAGAGAAUAUUGGUUCUUGCCUGGAGAAAAGAUCAAACUCCUAA